AAAGGAUGAACUCGAAACGAACCAGUUAGCAAGAACAAAGGCAAGAGAGAAAAAGGUUGCGAAAGUUUGCAGACUCCGGCAAAACUGCCUUCCCUCCCAUUAAAGCGAUUGGAUUAAAGUUCGGAGGCCCCGCCUAUGGGAGAGCGAGCAGCCCCCUUCCCCCUAUCCCUGACGAUUUUCACUGGUUUCAACGUUUUAGAUUUUUUUAUUUUCAAACAGCGAUGCAAUGAAAGACUACAAGAAUUGUAUCGAGCCAUCUAUAUAACUCAGAAAGGCUGAGGUGGAAUCGGCAAGCUUCUCUGCCAGGCUGGCCGCUGCGGUUUGCAAAUCGGGCCGUCCGAAAUGCUCUGGAUCCAAUGUGCUACAGUCGGGCUCUACUGGUGGCUCAUUAUAAUAUUGGAGGAAACUGUACUUGGCUACCGACACUCAGUCUACUGGAACAGGACCAACAACAGGCUCUUCAAGGAUGACUAUGCUGUUCAGUUGGAGAUCAAUGACUUUUUGGACAUCUACUGUCCGCAUUAUCCCAGUGAUGUGCCUAUAGAAGAUACUGAAUCUUUCUCCCUCUUUCUAGUGAAGGAUGAGGAGUAUAAAGGUUGUUUCAAAACUUCUGGGGCCUUGAAACGUUGGAUCUGCAAUAAUCCUCAUGCCCCCUAUGGACCAGUCCGCUUUUCUGAAAGAAUCCAACUAUAUACCCCUUUCACACUAGGAAUGGAGUUUAUUCCAGGCCAAGACUACUACUAUUUUUCCCUGCCAAGUGAGGACAGUGAGGGCCUUAACCCCUGCCUGAGACUGCGCGUGACAGUCUGCUGUAAAACUACUGUUGCACAGGAAGAAGUCAUAGGGGAUACCACAACACCAAGAAGUGGAACUUUAUCUACCCUACAAGCCUCAUCUGUUGUUCCUCUCAUGUUCUUUAGUUCAGCUAUGUUUUCCUUCCCCCUCCUUCUACUAUCACCUUUUCUCUGAAAAAAUAAACUAGUUCCAUGAGAUCAUAGUAUGGGAGCCAAAAUGCAAUAAUGUCCAUGGAAGAAGAAGACCAUACAAGGCAAGCUGUGAAUAAAGUUAAUCUCAGGAGGUGACUGUGGUUGCAAAUGAGGGAAAUGUUGAAACUGACCCAAAACAUAACUGAAGAUUCAUUCUGGGACUGGGACAAAAUGGCAAGGAGAAUGAACUUUGAACUUGAUUAAAACGGCAUGAAGAAAGAAAUAUAAGCCUGAAUAAUAAAAACAAAGACACUGGUUUGUGGAAGUAAACAAAAAGCAUGAAUCAUACUGUAUCUCAAGAACUGGACGCUGCACAUGGAUUCUAAAAUUGACACUUCAGAGUGCCAUACCUAAAACCUGGAACUGAGCGAAGAGCACUGUGAGACGAUACCUUCUGAGAAUGACAAGUCUUCAGCUGGACCAUAUCCAGUAAGAAAGUGGUAUGUACUCAAGUGUUUCCAGCUGGCCUUCUACCUUAACACAUCUGUGCACGGCAGUAAAUUGCACUAUUUUCUUUCCAUCCUUCACCCUGGAGUGAUCUUUUUUUUUUUUCGUGACACUAUUGCAGCAGUGUGGUGUACUCCUGAGCACUAGCCAACAAGUGAGCUAACAUUUUACUCACUGUCACCGGACGUUGACAGAAAGCCCAAAAAUAUAAAUUGCGCUGAUGCUCAGAGGCUUUCUGUCCUGUCCUAUUAAUUUUGUAUGGUAUAAGGAUUGGAAACAUACCACUACAGCCCACCUCAGUUGGACAGUUUUCAUUUGAAUCAGUCUUUCCUUCAACAGAAUCAUUUUCAACCUCAUCUACUGUUUUGGAUGCAGGACAUCAAAAAUGAAAUGCUGAUAAAAGGAGGCUUCAGAAUGAUGAAUUUAAUAUCAGCACGCUUGCAUAGCUGUUAGUAGUCUUUAUUUAAACUACUUUGCAAAUGUAAAUACCGAUUAGCAGUGUCUGGAGUGAAACUUCAUUCCAUGCCAGCCCAAAAGAUGACAGAGCUGCUCCACUUGGGAGUAGUUCUGUCGAUGUGGGAUCAGCACUCAUCCAGCCUGUUUUAUAACCCCUCCUCAACCUUGUAGAGAGCCUUGAAUGAAGGCAACAUUAGAGAUAUUCGCAUUAUCACAUAAAACAAAGUGUUUACAAAAGGAUUUUAAAUGGUCCUACUUUUAAAGAUUCAUGUUUAAUUUGAAAAUGUUUAAAAUGCAAAAAGCAAAAUCACAACUUAACUGUGAGCUGACACGUGUUUUGUGACCAUUUAGGAACAGCCCUUAAACCUAAAAAAAAAUAUUUUCGCUUUCUUAUAAUGUGCCUGCAUUCUUUAUUGUAAAAGCAAGGCUUUUGGGCAGUCCACAGGUGGUUCAAACUCAUAUCCUGUUCAUUCAGAUCAUUGUUCCAGUCACUUUAUCCAUCUUUUUUAAUCUUAAGAUUCAGCGCUCUUAAUUGCUUCCGUUUGUUUAACCAGCUCCCAAUUAACAAUGAAUUUACACCUCUCUGUAUUUAGUUUAGAACUUAGAAAUACUAAUUCACCUAAGACCACAAAAUAUUAAGCUGAUAUUCUCAAAAAAUAAAAUCUAUAAUAUUAGAACUGCCUAAUGUGGCAGAAUGAGAGCACUCAAAAGUCUUAAAAUUGUUAACAGGAACAACUUGCUACUAAUUAGAAAACUAGCAAAUAACUGCUGGCUUCAAGGAAAGGAUUUUAAAACUGCUACAGUAGAGGCUGGACUUGCCCGAUCACUUGAUCAAAGCAGACCCUUCUCAAACUAUCGGGCCCCCUUUAGGUACACACGUCAGUGCACUUCUGUGAGCAGAAGAUGCUAACCCAUGUAUGCUUAGGAUCGGCCUCCUUGCCACCAUCUCAAAAAAACUGCCUUUAAUUUUUGAGAUUAUCCUUCUUUUCAUUCUCAAGUGUUUAGGGGCAUUUCUACAACUGAUUGAUAAGACCUAUCCAGGGCAAGUCUUUAAAAGGGUCUCACAUUUAGGCCUUUGAAAUGCAAUGCAACUGUAGCACCCUGUGGCUGUCUAUAACCAUCCAUACCUACUCACAGCCAUUUGCAGGGCUGAUUGUGAGAUAAGCACAGUGCUGUAUGGCCUCUAAGCAUAUGGACGUAGUAAGAAGUAGCAAAGUUACAAAAGAGACAAAGGGCUCACAAAUCCUAAGUUUGCCUUGUUAGCUGGUGUAAAACCUAAACCUGAAUCUCCAGGUCCAGAAACAAUUUGUUAAAACAAUUUUAUUUUAUUGAAUUGUAAUCGUUUUUACAUUUUAGUAAAGAUGGAUCAUUAUCUUCUGUGAGGAUGUUUUAAUCUUUCUGUCUCCUGUGGGGUAGAGAAGACUUUUGAAUAAAGAGAUAAUUGCUGCUCCCAGGUACUCCGUCAUCCUUUCUGUUGUUUAUACAAAGUGUAUUUUGUAUAUCAAUCCAUACAAAAAAAUGAAUCAAUAAAAAAAAUGAAAUGCU